AUGUCUAGUCUUGAUGAUGACGAAACUGGUCCAAAGCUUCGGAAGAUCAAACUGGAGCCAGGACAAGAGAUGGAAGUCUGCAUUAUGUUAUUAGAGUGCUGCAGUCAAGAAAAGAUUUAUCUUGAUUACUAUGGUCGUCUGGGCCAACAGUUUUGCAAGAUUAAAAAAGUUUAUCAAAAAAACUUUGGGACAUGUUUUGUUCAGUACUACUCUAAGAUCGAUCGGCUUGAGACAACCAAGAUUUGGAAUGUGGCCAGGUUUUUCGCUCAUCUGCUUGCCAAAGAUGCUUUACCUUGGCAUGUUUUGGCUUACAUUCGGCUGACUGAGGAGGCCACGACUUUUUUUUCGCGAAUUUUCAUCAAGAUUCUCUUCAAGGAGUUGGCUAGACGUCUUGGUAUCUCUCAAUUGAACAAGCGUCUCAGUGACCCGACAAAGCAAGCAGAUUUUGAAUCUAUUUUCCCACGAGAUGAUCCUAAGAACACACGGUAUUCAAUCAACUUUUUUACGUGUAUUGGGCUUGGUGGGAUCACAGAGAAUUUGAGAAAGUAUCUGGAGAUGCCUCGCGCUAUCAAGCAACAAAAGGCUGUUUCUGAUCAGUCAAAGAAUUCUGAUUCUUCCGGUUUAGGAUCAAAGAAAUCAAGUUCUAUUGAAAGUAAGCGCAAGAGUGAAAGUGAUCAGAAACCUGCUUUUGAUCAGUCAAAGAAAUCUGAUUCUUCCCGUUUAAGAUUAAAAAAAUUAAGCUCUAUUGAAAGUAAGCGCAAGAGUGGAAGUGAUCAGCAGAGCCUUAUUGUGCAACAGAAACCUGCUUCUGAUCAGUCAAAGAAUUCUGAUUCUUCCAGUUUAGGAUCAAAAAAAUCAAGCUCUAUUGAAAGUAAGCGCAAGAGUGAAAGUGAUCAGAAGAGUGGAAAGCGUCAAAGGAGGCGCUAG